AUGGGCGUACAAAGCAAUCAAUUACCAACAAUAGGAUCAAUAGAAAUACCAGCUAAAUGGGAUUCUCGAUACGCUGGUCAUGUUCCACAUGACACAUCAUAUUAUUCAAAAUGUGUUUUCGGUGGUAUUCUUGCUUGUGGUCUUACACAUACAGCUAUUUGUCCGCUCGAUGUUACAAAAUGUAAUAUGCAAGUCAAUUCUGAAAAAUAUACAGGUUUAGUCAAAGGUCUUCGAUUAAUUGUUGCUGAAGAAGGUAGUCAAGCUAUAUGGAAAGGUUGGUUACCAACACUUUUUGGAUAUUCAGCACAAGGAGCAUUCAAAUAUGGUCUUUAUGAAGUCUUCAAAGAUCAAUAUGCUAAUAUGCUUGGUAAAGAUAAUUUUGAAAGAUAUAAAGGUCUUGUUUGGUGUGCAGCAUCAGCAUCAGCAGAAUUUUUUGCUGAUAUGGCUUUAUGUCCAUUUGAAAUGGUUAAAGUUAAAGUACAAACGGCACCAAAAGGUACAUUUCCAAUAGAAUUUGGUUCAGCUUGGUCACAAAUGAAUGCUCAGCGAGCAGAAACUGGCUUUCCAUAUCGAUCACUUAUACCAUUAUGGUCACGACAAAUUCCUUAUACAGUAGCAAAAUUUUUCUUCUUCGAAAAAGUUGUACAAUUAUUUUAUACGUAUGUAUUUACAAAACCAAAAGAUACAUACUCAAAAACAACACAACUCGGUGUUACAUUUUCUUCUGGUUAUACAGCUGGUGUUAUUUGUGCUAUUGUUUCACAUCCUGCUGAUUCACUUGUUUCUCUUCUUGGUAAACCAGCUAAUAAAGGCAAGAGUUUAGGACAAAUUAUUAAUGAAACUGGAUUUGCUAAACUUGCUACUAAGGGUCUUGGUACUCGUAUUCUUAUGAUUGGUACAUUGACUGGUCUUCAAUGGUGGAUUUAUGAUACAUUCAAAACAGCUAUGGGUAUGGGAACAACCGGUGGUAAAUAA